AUGAAACAGCUGAACAGAAGCCAAGCCCGCAACUCGCCCCUUUCCAAACGCUCACUCGCCGGGGCGCGCGCUCCCUCACCGCCGGCACGGCGGGGCUCCGCGCCCCGCAUCGCCUCGGGGCGGCCGCGCCGCCCUCCGCCCCCACCCCGCCGGCUGUGGAGGCGGGCCGUUCCGCGGGGCGGCGCUCGCCGUUUGCACCUCGACGGGGCUGCGGCCGCUCACACGCCGACGGGCGGCGUUCGGGAUGUGAGCGGCGGCUGCGGCGCCCGGAGCGAGCGGCCGCCGGCGCCGAGCUGCAGCAUGUGGCCAGCCCUCCUCCUGGGGCUGCUCCUCUCCCGAGCCGGAGACUUCCUGGCUCUACCACGGAGUGACUGCAUAGUAGCAGAACAGCUGUGCCUCUUAGACUCCAUCUGCAAUGCCACCUACAGGACUCUGGAAAACUGUGACCUUGCUAAGACACGCUUUGUCGCGCUGGAUCAUGAUAGCAGGGUCAGAUGUCUGAAUGCAGAGCUAUACCUCGGGAACAGCUCUUUACUGCACUGCAAGUGCCAUCGGCGCAUGAAGAGACAGGAGCAUUGCCUGCGCAUUUUCUGGACCGUUCACUCCAGCAUGACAGAUGGUUAUUUCAAUUUGGAAACCUCUCCCUAUGAGAAUCCAGCAAUUGAAGAGCACUGGAAAACAGAUUAUAAUGAACUGGCAGCUCUGGUAUCAGGCUCUCAGUUAGCAGGAGAUGCAACAAACCCAUGCCUGAAAGCAACUCAUGUUUGUAAUCUGAGCAAGAAGUGUGUUCGGCUGCGCACAGACUAUGCCUCAAUCUGCACCAGAGGGGCAGGAAGUGAGGACAUGUGUGACCGUCGCAAAUGCCAUCGAGGGCUAAGAAAUUUCUUUGAGAAAGUCCCUGAGGAUUUCACUAGAAGGAUCCUAUUCUGUCCAUGUCAGGAUGAACUCUGUGGAGAACGACGCCGGAAAACUAUUGUUCCUGAUUGUUCCUUUCAGUAUAGCACCAAACCCAAUUGCCUUUGGCUUCUGGACUCCUGCUUGGAAGACCAUAUCUGCAAAUCCCGACUGGCUGAUUUCCAACAAAACUGCCAACCUGCAGAUACGUCCCCAGAUGGUUGCUCUCAGCACAACCAGGCUGCAUGCCUGCAGGCUUACAUGGGGAUGAUUGGCACACCUAUGACACCCAACUACAUCAGUAACUCCAGCGUGGAGGUCUCCCUGUGGUGUACCUGUGAAAGCAGUGGCAACCAGAAGGAGAAGUGUGACCAGAUACUUGGCAUGUUUGAGAGCAACAAAUGCCUUGAAAAUGCUAUUUGGUCUCAAAUGCACCAGAAGCUGACAGGUCUGGAAAGACAAAAAGACUUAUACUAUUCAUCUUCCCUAAAUUUCCAAGGAGACAGUGCCAGCACAUCUCUUGCUUCAGAAAUGUCCCAGGUGGCUGAAGUGAAGACACAGCAAGACACCUCUGAACACAGCAGUUUGCCUAUGGCCUCCUCUGUAUAUUCUGGAGCUGCUAUUUCUUGGCCAUCUCUGUCUCUAUUCCUUCCCCUGUUGCUGAGCCCACUUUAACUUGGCAUAAGUGACAUCUUUCCUUCCCAUAUUAUUAAUCUUAUCCCAUAUCCAGGCACCUCCCACUACUGAUUUACCCUCAAGAAACAAAAGGCCUCUAUAAAAGAGCAAGGGAACAGCCUUAGAUAACUGCAGUCACCGAAAACCUCUCCCUGACUUGUGCCCCUCUUUCCUCCAGUCAGUCUGCUCUGAGAUGCAGAUUUGGUGCCCACCAUUGCUUCUGCCACACUUAGCAUUUUGAGUGACAGUCAGGCUCAUAUUCAACCACAGUAUUUUAAAACAAGUCUGCAUUCUGUCAGAACUUGUGUGGGGUUCUGUUUCUAACUAGAGGGAUGCACAUGACACUGUUUCCUACCACCCUACCUGUCUGAGCUCUUCCAUAGGCAUAGAGUACAACAUACCAUUCUUAAGUGUCAGGUCCUGCACUUUGGCCACAACAACCCCAGGUAACACUACAGGCCUGGGGCUGGAAGACUGCCUGGAAGAAAUGGAUCUGGGGGUGUUGAUGGAUGCUUGGCUAAACAUGAGCCAGCAGUAUGCCCAGGCAGCCAAGAAGACCAAUGGCGUCCUGGCUAGUAUAAGAAAUAGCAUUGCCAACAGGGGCAGAGAAGUGAUAUGCCCUGUAUUCAGCUCUGGUGAAGCUGCACCUUAGGUACCGUGUUCAGUUUUUGGCCAUUCACUACAGGAAAGACAUCGAGGCCUUGGAGUGUGUCCAGAGGAGGGCAGCGAAGCUGGUAAAAUGUC